AGCUCAAUAAUAUCUCUUUUACAACCUAAGCAAGACCUGGAGCACCUCGGAGCUGCGACCUCCAGUUCACAACACCACCUGCCUCACACCCGGGCUCAUCUUUUCAUCCCACCCCCACCCGACCCCCCUCUCUGUUCACGGUGUCCUGGGAGGCUGCGACCUGCGUAGAUGAUUUAGCAGACUGCCCCUGCCCCUGCUUCUGCUCCUCCUCCUCCUCCUCUUUCUUCCCCUCUCUCUCUCUCUCUGUCGCCUCCUCUUCCAGCCCAGGCGCCCAGACUCGGCGAAGCGCAGUGCCUGCCACCCGCGGUGCCUCGGGCUGCCCGGCGCGCCGCGCUCCCAGGUUCUGUCUCGCCGCACCCCGGCGGGCACUGGCGCGGGCAAGGACGCUGGCGGGGAGAACGCCCUGGGUUCAACGCAUUCCUGAAUCGAAUGUUGAGAAAAGCAGUGCUUUGAUCCAGCUCAGGAGAAAAAGGAGCGGGUUCCGAGUGAGACUUCUGGAGCCAGCGGGACGCCCCAGUUUGCCCAGUGCGGCACGGCUGCACGCACCAUCCACAAGAGAGAAAGAGGUCAACGUGAAGAAACUUUGACCAUGCAACACAGGGAACAACGGAGAGAGGUCGGUCCAAGCAGCUAGUAGAUGGCACCGCUGGAAUCUGAACCCAGGAACCUUCACUCAGAAGAAAUGCUGUGGCCCUUCCCUUUACCAACAGAAAAUGGAACACAAGAGACCACAUAGCUGAACAAAUUACAGCCUCCUUACAAGUGAGAAACCUUCGAGGCUACGUAGUUUUCAGCCAAAGAAAAAUAACCAACAGCUUCUCCACAGUGUAAACUGAAACAGGGAAAACAUGAACAUCACAAACUGUACCACAGAAGCCGGCAUGGCUGUGAGGCCCAAGACCAUCACUGAAAAGAUGCUCAUUUGCAUGACUCUGGUGGUCAUCACCACCCUCACCACGUUGCUGAACUUGGCGGUGAUCAUGGCUAUCUGCACCACCAAGAAGCUCCACCAGCCUGCCAACUACCUAAUCUGUUCUCUGGCCGUGACGGACCUCCUGGUAGCCGUGCUCGUCAUGCCCCUGAGCAUCAUAUACAUUGUCAUGGACCGCUGGAAGCUUGGAUACUUCCUCUGUGAGGUGUGGCUGAGUGUGGACAUGACCUGCUGCACCUGCUCCAUCCUCCACCUCUGUGUCAUUGCCCUGGACAGGUACUGGGCCAUCACCAAUGCUAUUGAAUACGCCAGGAAGAGGACGGCCAAGAGGGCGGCGCUGAUGAUCCUCACCGUCUGGACCAUCUCCAUUUUCAUCUCCAUGCCCCCUCUGUUCUGGAGGAGCCACCGCCGCCUAAGCCCUCCCCCUAGCCAGUGCACCAUCCAGCACGACCAUGUGAUCUACACCAUUUACUCCACGCUGGGUGCGUUUUAUAUCCCCUUGACUUUAAUACUGAUUCUCUAUUACCGGAUUUACCACGCGGCCAAGAGCCUUUACCAGAAAAGGGGAUCGAGUCGGCACUUAAGCAACAGAAGCACAGAUAGCCAGAAUUCUUUUGCAAAUUGUAAACUUACACAGACUUUCUGUGUGUCUGACUUCUCCACUUCAGACCCUACCACAGAGUUUGAAAAGUUCCAUGCCUCCAUCAGGAUCCCACCCUUCGACAAUGAUCUAGAUCACCCAGGAGAACGCCAGCAGAUUUCUAGCACCAGGGAACGGAAGGCAGCGCGCAUCCUGGGGUUGAUUCUGGGCGCAUUCAUUUUGUCCUGGCUGCCAUUUUUCAUCAAAGAGUUGAUUGUGGGUCUGAGCAUCUACACCGUGUCCUCGGAAGUGGCCGAUUUUCUGACGUGGCUCGGUUAUGUCAAUUCUCUGAUCAACCCUCUGCUCUAUACGAGUUUUAAUGAAGAUUUUAAGCUGGCUUUUAAAAAGCUCAUUAGAUGCCGAGAGCAUGCUUAGACUGUCAAAAGCUAAAAGGCACGACUUUUACCAGAGCCUCAUGAGUGGAUGGGGGUAAGGGGUGCAACUUAUUAAUUCUUGGACAUACUUGGUUCAGGAGAGUUUGUAAGUAUGUGUGGUCUUGUUUUCUUGUUUGUUUGUUUUGUUCUGUUUUGUUUGAGGAUUGUUAUUCGGCGUGCUGUUUUCUACCUCUGGUCUUAUCUGUGAUACAUAAUUUCAAAUAAACAUUAUCAUACAAAAACAUAAAUUUUGUAGAAGUAAUAAUAAGGUGAAAUAGUAAAUACUUUUUAUGGGCUUGGUUUUUCCUAGUCAUUUCAGUUACCCUGCAAUUAAAGAAUGCCAAAAAUAUCUUUAUUUGCAGAAUUUCUUAUUACUUAUAAAUUAAAUACCUGAUAAUGCCCUCUAUGGCAUUAAAUCUGAGAUUAUGGCUCUAUCUGCAUACAUAUUCCAGUGGGAAUUGCAUGACUACAUAAAGAAUUCAAAGAAAGUGAUGUGCUGUCAUCUACUGCUUGCAGACCUGAGCUAAAGUCGUUUACUGUAGCACUGUGACUACAUAGCCUAUUCCUUUCAGGUAAAAAUAGUACAGCUGGCUUGUCCUUUUUAGUUCUUGAUUAAAUACACUUCCUCGUUUUCUAAAAUGGAAAUACCUGGAAUAAAUGCACUGGCAGUUUUCUGUCUUUUACUAUGAAUAUAAAACAUAAAGCAAAUAAGAAAUCA